CCGGCCCCUGGACAGGCAGGCAGGCCCUGGUGGUUCCUCGCGGAUUACUAAUAGGAUGUGAAAGCCGUGGCUGAGAGGAACUGCCUGCUACCGACUUCCUCUUUCGGUAGUCAUAGAUUUCCGGUCUGACCCUCGUUUCUCUAGCUGCUGUAACGCGGUCGCCAAUUGGCUCGCUCUUCCAAACGAGCCAGGCAUUGGCUGGAGCGCAGGGCUCUGUGGCCAAUUGCGGGUUUUACCAUCGAGUCUGUCCGUCUUGAUCAAAGUUAGUUCCAGGGGAAUAGCUGCCCUCAGACCUGCAUCUGCCACAGUAGAAAGUGAGCUGCUCCUCCCUCAGCACAGCAAGAAGCCGGCAACACCAGAGUGCUGUCGACUGUUGAGCAAUUCAGUUUGGGUCUGGAGGGAGCGCAGCUAGGUGUACCCAGCUGGAGCCAGUGGCAGCAGAGGCCCACAAGGCUGCGACUGUGAGCUUUCGGGUACUGCCUAGACACCUGGAAGAUUGAUGUCUGGGGAUUUAUCAAGAUGCUUGGGAAAAGGAAGCUGUCCCCCAGGGCCGGUCCCUGAGGGUGUGAUCCGAAUCUACAGCAUGAGGUUCUGCCCCUACUCGCACAGGACACGGCUGGUCCUCAAGGCCAAAGGCAUCAGGCAUGAAGUCAUCAACAUUAACCUGAAAAACAAGCCUGAUUGGUACUAUACAAAGCAUCCUUUUGGUCAAAUUCCUGUCUUGGAGAACAGUCAAUGUCAGCUGAUCUAUGAAUCUGUCAUUGCUUGUGAGUACCUGGACGAUGUGUACCCAGGAAGGAAGCUGUUUCCAUAUGACCCGUAUGAACGAGCUCGCCAGAAGAUGUUAUUGGAGCUAUUCAGUAAGGUCCCAAAUUUAAGCAAGGAGUGUCUGGUAGCGCUGAGAUGUGGAAGAGACUGUACGGAUCUGAAGGUUGCCCUGCGUCAGGAGUUGUGCAACAUGGAGGAGAUUCUUGAAUAUCAGAACACUACCUUUUUCAGCGGAGACUGUGUAUCCAUGAUUGAUUACCUCGUCUGGCCCUGGUUUGAGCGGCUGGAUGUAUACGGACUGGCUGACUGCGUGAAUCACACCCCGAUGCUACGGCUCUGGAUAGCCUCCAUGAAGCAAGACCCCGCUGUAUGUGCUCUGCACAUUGAUAAGAACAUUUUCCUGGGCUUCUUGAAUCUCUAUUUCCAAAAUAACCCUUGUGCCUUUGAUUUCGGGCUGUGUCCCCCAGUCAUACGGUAAUCCAGGCAUUGUCCAGGAUUCUCAUCAUAUCUGAUUCUGCAUCACAGGUCAUCUUGGGGGGGUCAGUGUAUGUGUUCUUUUUUUUUUGAGGUCCCUAAUAAACAUGGCUGUGUAAAGUCUA